AUGGGUUUUUUGGACCGGCUGGUUGGCAAGACGCCGCAGCAGCAGGAGGAAGAGCGCGCAGCGGCGGCAGCGAAGCAGCAGCAGCAGAGCGCGCCGACGCCGAGCACGUCGGCCAGCGAGCUUCUGCGCGACACUGCACCGCAGGCGGGCGCUUUCUCAGCGGCGAGCGCGCAGCGCCUGUACGAUCCGUACGAGGGCAUCUCUACGGCGGUCGGCGGCCGCAAGCACGCGUUCACGCUGCCGGAGGGGCCAGAGUACGUCUUUCAGGAGGAGGCGGCCGCGCGGCGGAGAGGCUGGGGAGAGAACCUGCAGUUCUACACGGGCGUGGGCUACUUGGGAGGCGGUGCCACCGGGUUUGCCAUUGGCGGCUACCGCUAUCUGCAGUCGCCCGCGGAGCCCGCGCUCUCCAGCGUCAAGCUCAAGGCCAACCGCCUCAUCAACAUGAGCGGCUCCCUUGGGCGCCGCUUCGCGUGCGCGUCGGCAAUUCUGGGGCUCUACUUUGCGGUGUCUGAGAGCUACAUAUAUCACACCGUGGACGGCCGCCUGCCCGACGGCGUGGCGACGGCAGCAGCUGGCUUCACGACGGCGGCGCUGUUCCGCUCGCCGCGCGGCCUGCGGACCGCGUCUGUGGCGGGCCUGGUGGGCGCCGCCGCGGCCGCGGGCCUGCACGCGGCGCGCCAGAGGUGGCCAUCCUUGUGA